AAUUAGAUUCCUUGAUAGAAGACACGGUUUUGUUAAAAAGCACUUUUUUUUGUAACUUCUCACAGCUUAAAGCUCUCGUUGUUCUCCUCUCUUCUCUUCUCCAAGUUGAUCACGCGACUUGAGGAUUCCUUGCAUACAUCUGGUGUUUGAAGAGCUCAUCCGUCUACCACCAUGAAAGGACGUGUAAGGUGGGAUGAGGCUAAUAUUGGAGAAAUUGAGGCAAACAAACCCGUGAGGCAAAAAAUUACUGAGCCCAAGACUCCAUAUCAUCCUAUGAUUGAUGAUGACAGUUCUUUAUCACCUGUACAAGGAAGCUUUGAUGCAUGUAUCGAUGAUAAAAAUCGCACAAUGCAUGCUGAAGCAAUAUGGACUGCUCUGAAUGAUGUAGCCUCCAGUAGUAGAAGAGGCACUGGUCAAUCUGGUGGUUGGACGUCAUCUGAGGACGAGUCUGAGGCAAUGGAGCAAGAUGAUGAUGAUUCUGAAACAGAUAGAAGCAUGAGUUUUAAAGAACACAGAAAGGCCCACUAUGAUGAAUUUCUUAAAGUGAGAGAGCUGCGACAGAAGGGUUCUCUUGAGGAUGAAAGUGAUGAAGAUAAUAAUUCUGAACGUUGUAAGGCGGAGAAAUGUGAAUCUUCUUCACUGAGUGAUAGUGUUAAAGAGAUGGAGAUUAAGGGAAAGAAGUCUUCAACGCCUCCAGCCAAUGGUUCUUAGACAGUUAUCCACAAAUAAAACCCUGUCUUUUCGUUAGUUUAUUUUGUGGGUGGAGAUAAAGCUAGAUGAUUCCACUGUAUUCUUGUAUCAUUGUAUGUAAAUAGUUUCUUUGUUGACCUUGUUUAUUAUGCUCCGUUUACACUUUUUGUACUUGGUUUGUGCUUUAGCAUUUUCGAUGAAUUUGGUCCUGGUUUUUAUGAGUAAUUGAAGUUGGAUUGUGAAA